AUGCCUACCUUUACCGUUUUCCGGGGUUCCAAGGAUGGCAUCCAGAAGACCACAACCACCAAGCCUGAUGAGCUUUCCGGUGACCAGGUCUUGUUGAAGGUCACCGCCUCAGGCCUCUGCGGCACAGAUCUGCACUACAAAAACGCAGACAUGGUGCUGGGUCACGAAGGUGUUGGGGUGGUUGAGGCCCUCGGCCCCGACUGCAAGUUGUUGAAGAAGGGCGACCGGGUUGGCUGGGGCUACGAGCAUGACUCUUGCGGCCACUGCAAGCAGUGCCUGACCGGGACCGAGCAGUACUGCAACGAGAGGCAAAUGUACGCAAAUGCCGACCUUGACCAGGGCUCUUUUGCGUCGCACGCCGUGUGGCGCGAGGCCUUCCUCUUCAAGAUCCCCGACGAGCUCAGCGACGAGGAGGCGGCGCCGUUCCAGUGCGCCGGUGCAACCGUCUGGACUGCCCUCAUGGCCUACAACACCAGGCCCACCGAGACUGUCGGCAUCAUGGGCGUCGGAGGGUUGGGCCACAUUGCGAUCCAGUUUGCCCGCGCCAUGGGUGCCCGCGUUGUCGUGCUCUCGGGGAGCAACUCCAAGAAGGACGAGGCCACCAAGCUCGGCGCACACGAGUUCAUCGCCACCAAGGGCCAGAAGGAGCUCAAGGUCGCCCGGAAGCUGGACAGGCUGCUGGUCACCACGAGCGCCCAGCCGGACUGGAGCCUCCUGAUGCCGAUUAUGGCGGCAGGCUCCACCAUCCACCCGCUGUCCGUGGCCUCGGGCGACUUCAGCAUCCCAUACAUGGCCAUGCUUGCCAGCGGCAUCACAGUGCAAGGCUCCGUUGUGGCAGCGAGGCAGAUGCACAGAGACAUGCUCGAGUUUGCGGCUCUGCACCAAAUCAAGCCCGUCGUUCAGACUUACCCCAUGACCAAGGAGGGUAUCACAGAGGCCAUGGACAAGCUGGAGCGUGGCGAGGUGCACUUCAGAGCAGUCCUCGUCCCCCAGUAG